AUGGGGGACGAACCCGAAUCACAAGACGCGCUAGCCUCGUUCAUGAGCAUUACAGGUGCUAACUCUGGCACCGCGCUGCAGUUCCUUGAGCUGACUAACUGGAAUCUAGACGAAGCGGUAAAUUUGUUCAUGGAGAGCGGAAGGCAAAACUCCAGCUCAGCUUUUAUAGCUCCACACCAAACUGCAGCACAACCUAGCCCCGCUAGUCAUCAUCCGGUGCCAACAAGCUCAAUGGAUAUCGAUGCAGCCACCGCUGCAGCUAUCGCAGCAGCUUAUGGAGAAGAUGACAAUGCAGUGCGGGCGCCUGAUCCAUCAAAGCGCCAGCGUCUCGUGGAUUCGGACAUGGGUCUCAUGCAGCCUAUGCGGCACCUGCGCGACCAAAAUCGCGACUUUGCGGCUGAGAGUAUCGCGGCCAUAACGGCCAGCAGUAUUUCCACGGCUUUCGGCAGCCUUGGAGCAGUGGAAUCAACGAAUAAUUUGAGCAAUGCAGACGGUCAUGUCAAUGAGCACACGGGUCUGAACACGUUGUAUCAACCGCCCACUAACAUUAUGUUUUUAGGAAGCUAUGCAGAAGCUCGAACAAAUGCUAAAUUUCAGGGAAAAUGGCUUCUGGUUAACAUUCAAGACGAAAUUGUAUUUGCAAGUCACAUGUUGAACCGCGACACGUGGAGUGACGAUGUCGUGCAAAAUUUUGUGGCAAGUGGUUUCGUGUUCUGGCAAAACUAUUGGACAUGGGAGCAUGGCAAAAAGUUUUGCAGCUUGUACCAGAUUGAUCGCGACUCGCUUCCGAUCGUGAUGAUUAUUGACCCACGGACAGGAGAAAUUCAGCAGCGCUGGUCAGGCUUUUAUGAGCCACAAGACAUGACAGAAAAAUUAUCGGACUUUUGCUGCAUGCACACAAUUGAUAAAUCGAUGAUUGAGCAAAAAAAGGAGGCAAAACCCGACUUAUUGGAUGUGUCUGAAGAUGAUCAGCUGGCUGCAGCAAUCGCCGCAUCGAUACAAGACAAUGACAAUGGCGAGGUAAAGCAAGCUGGAGAUCCUAUGGAGUUCGAGGAAAAGGCUCAACAAUCUCUUGUGGCACUGACCCCAGAACCUGACGCUUGUGCCCCUGAUGUAACACGUAUUCAGAUUCGCGUGCCUGAUGGCUCUCGGCUGACGCGACGCUUUUUCAAGACGGACUCGCUAGCCAUGGUCUGGACGUUUGUGAAGGAUCAAAUACCAGAAGCCCGAUUACGUGCGUUUGAACUACGCACUGCUUUCCCACCCGGCGCGGUGGCCUACAACGACAUGUUAUCCAUUGAAGAAGGCAAGCUCGAAAACGCGUCACUUAUGGUCAAAUGGCUGUGA